AGAUUGAACCUCCAAAAUCUCACAAAAAAUCUCAGAAGGCUCACAGGUCGAUCAGUUAAUUGAUGAUAUAGUUCUGAGGAGGUACUGCUAUGGCUCUUGUACCAACUCGUCAAUUUCACCCAACGACAACGUUUUUUGAUUCAUUUCAAACCUCCUUCUCCAAGUUCCAUGCCACGCCCAUCCGGUUCUUCAGGUAUUCCUCCAUUACUUCCAAAAAGUACAAUUUCUAUGCAAACCAAGCUUCUGUCACGUCUGCUUCAAUCCCUGAGCAAGACCCACUUAGGAAAUCAAAUUUUUUGAGCACGAACCAACCCAUUUCUCGGUAUAGUUCGCACAAGAAUGUGUGCAGUAGUACCAGUAAUCGUAAAAGUAGUAGUAGUAAUAGUUGGGUAGAUAAAUGGAACGAAACCCACCGACAAAACCACCCGAAACCACCUCAAGCCGUGUUGAAUUACCGUAGUAUGUUGAACUCGGGCUCUGCGAAUAAUGAUGGUAAUACUGGUAGUAGUACAAUGGAGAAGAUUGUGAAGAAGUUGAAGAAAUUUGGGUACAUUGACGGUGGUGAUGAGGGUAAAGAGAAAAGGCAGGAGAUAGCUAUUGAAAAAGGGUCUGUGGAGGACAUAUUUUAUGUUGAGGAAGGACUGUUGCCUAAUUCGCGAGGUGGGUUUUCGGCGGAAUCACCAUUGGGGGUAGAAAAUGCGUUUGGAGGUGGAGAGGUGAGGUUCCCAUGGGAGAAGCCGAAGGAAGAGAAGGCGGAUGAUGGGGGUUCAGUGAGGAGAAAGAGUAGGACUUCAAUGGCUGAAUUGACUCUACCGGAUUCAGAGUUGAGGAGGCUGAGGAAUUUGACAUUCCAGAAGAAGCACAAGACAAAAAUUGGGGGUGCCGGCGUUACUCAAGCAGUCGUUGACAUGAUUCACGAGAGGUGGAAGACGGAGGAGAUUUUGAGGCUGAAAAUCGAAGGUGCAGCUGCUCUUAAUAUGAAAAGGAUGCAUGAGAUAUUGGAGAGAAAGACUGGUGGGCUGGUGAUUUGGAGGUCUGGUACUUCUAUUUCUCUGUAUAGAGGGGUAAGUUAUGAGGUUCCUAAGGUGCAAUUGAACAAACGAAUAUAUAAGAAAAAUGAAAAUUCUUCUAAUUCCUUACCACCACCUACUGAAAGAACUAUAAAAAAUCCUGCUGAAUAUGGUUCUGACAAUAAUGUGCGUGCACCCCAAUCAAAAACAACAUCUUCUGCUGAGGAGAAGAAAGACACAGAAUCAUUGCCAGAAGUGAAGUAUGAAGAUGAAGUAGACAAACUUUUAGAUGGUCUGGGUCCUAGGUACACUGAUUGGCCCGGAUGUGAUCCAUUGCCAGUAGAUGCAGAUAUGCUCACAGCAGUUGUUCCUGGUUACCAACCUCCAUUCAGAAUACUUCCUUAUGGAGUGAGAUCAAAGCUUGGAGUAAAGGAGGCAACAGAUUUACGAAGGCUUGCCAGGGUUCUUCCCCCACAUUUUGCAUUAGGUAGAAACAGGCAGCUCCAAGGUCUAGCUGUGGCCAUGGCUAAAUUGUGGGAAAGAAGUUCAAUCGCAAAGAUUGCACUUAAACGUGGCGUGCAGCUGACUACUAGUGAGAGGAUGGCUGAAGAGAUCAAGAAAUUGACAGGGGGCAUGCUGCUCUCAAGAAACAAGGACUUCUUAGUCUUCUAUAGAGGAAAGAAUUUUUUGUCACCAGAUGUCACUGAAGCUUUACUAGAAAGGGAGAGAUUGGCAAAGUCACUGCAAGAUGAAGAGGAGCAAGCACGGUUGAGAGCUUCGGCCUUGAUCAUACCAAGAGUUGAUAUAACUGGGCAAUCUGGAACUGCUGGUACACUUGGGGAAACUUUGGAUGCAGAUGCUAGGUGGGGUAAGACACUGGAUGAUCGUCAUAAGGGAAAAAUGAUGAGGGAAGCAGAAAUGAAUAGGCGAGCCAACCUUGUCAGGAAGCUUGAAAAGAGGCUUGCUUUUGCUGAAAGGAAGUUAAUGAAAGCUGAACAAGCCCUAUAUAAAGUAGAGUUGUCUUUAAAACCAGCAGAGCGGCAAGCUGACCCAGAUAGCAUAACUGAUGAGGAGAGGUUUAUGUUUCGCAAACUAGGUUUGCGGAUGAAAGCUUUCUUACUUCUUGGUAGACGUGAAGUAUUUGAUGGCACAGUGGAGAACAUGCACUUGCAUUGGAAGUACCGUGAAUUAGUUAAGAUCAUGGUGAAGGCCAAAUCUUUUGACCAGGUAAAAAGAAUUGCAUUAGCACUGGAAGCAGAGAGUGGAGGUUUGUUGGUUUCAGUAGACAAAGUUUCCAAAGGAUAUGCUAUUAUUGUAUUUCGGGGAAAGGAAUAUAAACGGCCAGCAACUUUGAGGCCAAAGAAUCUCUUGACAAAGAGGAAGGCUUUGGCACGUUCAAUUGAGCUACAAAGGCAGGAGGCUCUCCUAAAGCAUAUUUCAGCUCUGCAAAGCAAAGUGGAGACACUAAGAUCUGAAAUUGAACAAAUGGAGGUUGUGGAAGACCAAGGAGAUGAAGCAUUUUAUGACAGAUUAGAUUCUGCUUAUCCUACUGACGAUGAAGACACCGUGGAGGAAGUAGAUGAGCCUUAUCUAGAGACGUAUUACAGUGAAAAUGAGGGCGAAGAUGGCAGUGAUUUCCAAAAUCUAGAGCCCGAAACAAAAUCUGAGGUUCCUGAGCCACAUGAAUAUGCAGUUGCCAAUUCAUUGGGCAUUGAAGCUUCCAAUGUAGAAGAAGACAAUAGCUUACCUAGAUUGAGCCAAUGAACAGGAUAAGAAUAUCAGUCGGCAAGGCAGAAGACGGGGAGAUUGUCAAAGGUAUUAUGGCAAUAAGAUCUUUGAUAUAGCCGAUUACUCUGUACAAAUCUUUUGGGCAAGACCAUGUGUAGAUAGAUUUUUGUCACCUUUGCAGCAUGUAAGUUGGUCUCUUGCUCUCUUCUCAUCGUUAGAUUUAUUUAGCUACAGAUUUCUCAUACGGCAAUGAAUUUGACUUCACUUGUGGGAUGACUUAGAGCUCAUUAUUGAGAUGGCUUGCUAGUUUGCAGACAACGAUGUACUCGGAAUCCAAAAUGUAAAAAAUUUGUGUUUAUUUAACAAGCCUAUUAUGUGGUUUUCAUUA